GAGAGCUGAAGCUUCCCCACCCACCCGGAUUCCCGACUCCGGUCUCCGGAGUCCAGUCCGAGUCCGGAGCCCUCAGAUACAAAAGACCAGAGGGGGACUCACCAUCCACCAGCUGGACGCCUCCUCCCCAUCGCCAGCCCCCACCCCCUGACUGCUCCUGUCCUCGGAAGGCCUGGAGGAAGAGGCCAGGGAAACAUCCCUGCCUUUUCCACCCCCCCCAUCCCUCCAUCCACCCAGCACCGGCAUCUGGAGACCCCAUGGCCCAAGCUCACUGGGGAUGCUGCCCCUGGCUUGUCCUCCUCUGUGCUUUGGGUGCCUGGGGCCACCCAAAAUCAGUGGACCUGACGGCAGAGGACGUGAGAAACUGUUUAAUCAGCCCUCCGUACCUUCCAGUUACUGUGGUCAAUACCACAGCACAGCUCACAGCCCUCCGCCAGCAGAUGCACAUCCAGAAUCUUUUUGCCUACAUCAUCCCUGAAACGGAUGCCCACAUGAGUGAGUACAUCGGCACACGUGACAAGAGGCGUGCGUGGAUGACAGGCUUCACAGGGUCUGCAGGAACUGCAGUGGUGACCAUGGGGAAAGCAGGUCUCUGGACCGACAGUCGCUACUGGACCCAGGCUGAGCGGCAGAUGGACUGCAACUGGGAACUACAUAAAGAAGUUGAUACAGCUUCCAUAGUCGUCUGGCUCCUCACUGAGGUUCCUGCUGGAAAGCGUGUGGGUUUCGACCCCUUUCUCUUCUCCAUUGGUUCCUGGGAGAGUUACAACAUGGCCCUCAUGAACUCUAACAUAAAACUGGUGUCCAUCACACCCAACCUUGUGGACCAGGCAUGGGGGUCAGAGAAGCCUCUGGUUCUGAGCCAGCCCAUUUAUGUCCUGCAGGAGGCAUUCACAGGGAACACCUGGCAGAAGAAAGUAUCUGACAUCCGCAGCCAGAUGCAAAAGCAUCCCCAGGCACCAACUGCUGUCCUUCUGUCAGCGCUUGAUGAGACGGCCUGGCUCUUCAACCUUCGUGGCAGUGACAUCCCUUAUAACCCCUUCUUCUACUCCUACACACUGCUCACAGACUCCUCUAUCAGGUUAUUUGUAAACAGGAGUUGCUUAAACUCUGAGACCCUGAAGUACCUCAACUCCAGCUGCACGGGCUCCAUGUGUGUGCAAGUCGAAGAUUACAGCCAAGUCCGUCACAACGUCCAGGCCUACGCCUCAGGAAACGUGAAGAUCUGGAUCGGGACCAGCUAUACUACAUACGGGCUCUAUGAAGUGAUACCCACGGAGAAACUCAUAGAAGACACCUACUCCCCAGUGAUGGUGACCAAGGCGGUGAAAAAUAGCAAGGAACAGGCCCUCCUCAGGGCCAGCCACGUGCGGGACGCCGUGGCUGUGAUCCGCUACUUGGUGUGGCUGGAGAAGAACGUGCCCAAAGGCACGGUGGAUGAGUUCUCGGGGGCAGAGCUGCUCAACAAGUUCCGAGGAAAGGAACAGUUCUCCUCUGGACCCAGUUUCGAAACCAUCUCUGCUAGUGGCCUGAAUGCCGCCUUGGCCCACUACAGCCCGACCAAGGAGCUGCACCGCAAGCUAUCCUCAGAUGAGAUGUACCUGCUGGAUUCUGGGGGGCAAUACUGGGAUGGAACCACAGACAUCACCAGAACGGUCCACUGGGGCACCCCCUCUGCUUUCCAAAAGGAGGCAUACACCCGUGUGUUGAUCGGAAAUAUCGAUCUGUCCAGACUCGUCUUUCCUGCUAAUACAUCAGGGCGAAUGAUGGAGGUGUUUGCCCGCAGAGCCUUAUGGGAUGUUGGGCUGAAUUAUGGUCACGGGACAGGCCAUGGCAUUGGCAACUUCCUUUGUGUGCAUGAGUGGCCAGUGGGAUUCCAGUACAACAACAUCCCCAUGGCUAAGGGCAUGUUCACCUCCAUCGAACCUGGUUACUAUCAGGAUGGAGAAUUCGGGAUCCGUCUUGAAGAUGUGGCCCUUGUGGUAGAAGCAAAGACCAAGUACCCCGGGUCCUACCUGACCUUUGAAGUGGUAUCCUUGGUGCCCUAUGAUCGGAACCUCAUUGAUGUCAGCCUGCUGUCUCCUGAGCAGCUCCAGUACCUGAACCACUAUUACCAGACCAUCCGAGAGAAGGUGGGCCCGGAGCUCCAGCAACGGCAGCUGCUGGAAGAGUUCGAGUGGCUGCAGCAGCACACGGAGCCCCUGUCAGCAAAGGCCCCACAUACUGCCCCCUUGGCCUCUCUGUUGGCAGUCUCCUCUCUGGCCAUCCUUGGCUGCAGAGUCUAGAGGCUCAGACUCCCUGGCCAACCCUCUAGCUCAGCUCCCCUCACCCCGCACCACCCAUGCCCCAAGAGCCCUUGCCAGCCCCUUGCCUGAAAACCACUGCCCUCAGCCUCCUUCUCCAGGACGAAGUUCCACAGACACAGAGCUUCUUGGCCCUGGGCAGGCCCCCUCUGGGCUUGUGUACCUCACCCUGGGCUCCCAACCCUAGCCCUGGGAUAGGAGAGCUAGCUAGUCCCUUUCCUCCUGUAAGCCCAGUAGGCCUAACCUAUCUACAACUUGGCAGAGCCUCUUAUCACUGCCUCCCCCCCAGCAAAAGACCACUAUAAGGCAGUACCCUAACCCCGGGGGGUCCAUGGCCCUGGGAGAGCCCUACCCUAUUGCCACCCUUUGGAUAUAGCCAGAGUUGUUCCCACCCUCACUGACUCCUGACUUGCUGGUCUUUCCACACCCUUGAAGCUGCCUCUGACCACUCCAACCUGUCCCUGGCCCACCAGUGCCCUCCUGGUGGCAGUGCACAAGCUGAAGGAACCAGGGGGGCCUCCAGGUUCCCUGCUGUGCCUGUAGAUAGAGAGUAAGAGAAGGUGGCUGAGUGUUCUGGUUACACACUGCAACCAGGAAAGCUAGCCAGAAAAGGGGCACGUACACCAGCCUGCCCCAUAUGCGAGCCCAUCACUUCUAAACUCUGGGUGGGUUCCCUGCCAUUUGACAGGAUAGGGAGUUAAGCCAUAAGACUUUGGCCACCGGGUAGGAGGGAAUGUGGGGAACAUUCUGGAAUAUGACCUUACUCAAAGUUGGGAACAACCUGAGCAGCAGCGCUCAGUCACUAUCCCAGACUUCCCAGCACAUGGGUAGCCCUUUUCACUUUCCAAAAUUCAGCCACGGUGACAAUGCUGUUAAAUCCCCCAGCAUCCUUGGAUGGUCUUUAACCUGUGUGGGCUGGUUUAACAUGUGUAACUCUGGUUUCCCCAUUUUACAGAUAGGAAAACUGAGCUCCAGACAGGUGGGACCUCUCCAAGGGCACACAGUGUUUGGCUGGGACAUGGUGGGGCCAGAAUGCAGUGACAGUCCAGCUGUUUUGCCCUCUGGCACCGUGGAAAAUCCCUGAACAUACCUCCAAGUUCCCUGAGCCCGCUGUUGGGGGCAGGGCAGAAGGGAGGGAGGCAGAGUUUUCUUUGGUCAGCCCUGCCGUUAGCCACCUGGGCUCACAUCCUGCUUGAUGCUUAAAACAGCAUGGCAACGAA